UGUAAGUGCCUGGCAAGGAUGACGUGGGAGUGUUCCUCUGAGCACAGCUGCAGCAUGCCAGGAGGAGGCGAGGCCAGCACACUGCCCUCCCAGAUCCUUCCUCAGGCUUUUUCAGCAGUGGGGAACAUGUACCCCAAGGUCUCUGCUUGUCUUGACCCUGCUGCAGGGGGUCUGUGUCCCCAGUGAGAGUGGAAAUGGCAAGUUUCUUGAGCUCCUCUCUGCCCAACUGCCUCCCCUGCCUCCUCCUCCUCCUCCUCCAGUUGUCUUCUAGUGAUGCAGGACAGUUCAGAGUAAUAGGACCAGGGUAUCCCAUCUGGGCUCUGGCGGGGCAUGAAGUGGAAUUGCCAUGUCACUUAUCUCCUGGAAGGAAUGCUACAGGCAUGGAGGUGGGAUGGUACCGGCCCCCCUUCUCUCGGGUGGUUCAUCUCUACCGAAAUGGCAAGGAUCAGGAUGGAGAGCAAGCACCUGAAUAUCGGGGCCGGACGGAGUUGCUCAAAGACAGUAUUGGUGAGGGAAAAGUGACCCUCAGGAUCAGGAAUGUAAGGUUCUCAGAUGAAGGAGGUUUUACCUGCUUUUUCCGAGAUCAUUCUUAUCAAGAGGAGGCAGCAAUGGAAUUGAAAGUGGAAGAUCCCUUCUACUGGAUCAGUCCUGGAGUGCUGGUUGCCAUGGCAGUCCUUCCUGUGUUCCUCCUACAGCUGGCCACAGGCCUGCUCUUCCUCUGCCUGCAGCAUAGACUGAGAGGAAAACUUCGAGCAGAGAUAGAGAAUCUUCACAGGACUUUUGAUCCCCACUUUCUGAGGGUGCCCUGCUGGAAGAUAACCCUGUUUGUAAUCGUGCCAGUUCUUGGACCCCUGGCUGCCUUGAUCAUCUGCUACAACUGGCUACAUCGAAGACUAGCAGGGCAAUUUCUUGAAGAACUAAGAAACCCCUUCUGAGUGAUACUGCAUCUUGACAAAAGUGGAGAAAAACCUGGCUGGUCCAAAGAUUGAUCUCUGAGGAUGUUGCACUUGCACUUCCAGGAAUGUUCUAAAUUCCAAAUAGGAUUUCAUUCUUUC